AUGGCCCCCGAAAAAUGGCGGGCGGGCGUCUCCCAUGACACCGUCUUCCUUCUCUUGACCCAGAUGGACGACCCACACUUGCGAGGCGGUGCUCGGAAGCUGGAACACCGCCGCGUGGGCCUCACCGGGGCCAAGCAGCUGAUUGCAGAUGCUGCAAGUGAAGCACCUCCAGUCGCUUUUCAAGCGGCAGGAAGUCCCUGCAAGCUGCGCAAGCUGCGCCAGGGUUGGCCUGUGGCAUCUUAUGUGAAGAAGCACGAAGCGCAUGGAAGACGCGUGGGCUCGGCAAGCAAGGCGCUCCCCGCCAGUGCCAUCGAGGAGUGCCAAACUGCGCGGUACCCCUCGCAGUGUCUGGAGCGUGCCACCUUCACCACCCUGGCAGCCCUCGGCAUCCAAGAGUCCUGGGCCAAUGUGGUGACUCUGAUCUCGGACAAAGAGUUCAUCACUCGCCUGGAGGAGAUCGACUUGGCCGGCGAGCCAGAGCGCGCGGCCUUGGUGCAGGAACGCCUGGAACAGCUGGAGGCCCUGGGCGGCCUCAGCGAGGAGCCGGGCAGCGCCUUGGGCGCCGCGCUGCAGAGCUGGGCCGAGGCCUUCGUGGCCGCCGUGAAGACCUGGAACUCUGUUCAGGAGGAUGUGGCAGCUUUGCGCAAGGUUGAGGAGGCGCAUCACCACAAGCUCGAGGAGCUGGACGAGGCCAACGAGGCGCUGGACAGUCUGGAGGACCAGAUCAUGGAGCUGAAGAUGCAGAUGCAGAGCAGGCGCAGUGAUGCUGUGAAGGCCAGGACGAGCAUCCACCACUCCGACGCAGAGGUGAUGGGCCUCAAAAGCCUCCAGGAGCUGAUCGACUCGCAGGAGGCCUUGGCCUGGCGAAACCGCCGGGCCGAGCUGGGCGCCGCCUUCGCGGAGUUGCCCGGGAGGCUUCUGUUGGGCUCCUUCCUGGCUCACUACGGCACCGUAGACCAGGAGGCGCUACUGGGCUCCUGGCGCACGGUCUGCCAGCAGUACGAGCUGCUGUCCGAGUCCUCCGAGACGGCGGAGCAGCUGCUGCGCAUGAUGGCGGACGCCUGCGGGGUGAAGGACCUGGAUGCACCCAGCUUCCUGGGUCAGCUGCCGCCGCAGCUGGCCGCGGCCGCCUUCUGCGGCCAAACGGCGCCGCGGAUCUGCGACCCGUUCGGCGUGGCCAGGCAUUGGCUGGAGAAGCGCCUGGCGGCCAUGACGGGGUCCCUCUGCUCCGAGAUCACCCUGACGAGCACGUUGGGCUGUAGUCCCUUGGACGAGUUGAAGGCAUCCAUGAAGAACAAGCGCACCUCGCUGCUCAUCGCCUUGGGCGAGGAGUUCGGUGAGGGUGGUCCUUUGCUGCCUCCGGGCCUCCACUCCUGGCUCACCUCGCAGAAGGACUUCGGGCCGGGCACGCUGUUUCUGCUUUCCAGCGGACAGCCAAGUCAGAACACCGCGGGCUUCGUGCUUGACUUCGGCACGGAAGAGGCACUACGGCAGUUUCUACUGGCGGAAGCCAUCUUCGUGGCUUCUCCCACGCUGCAUCAUGCGGUGGCCGACGCUUACAACCAGAAGUUGUCAGCGCAAGCCACCGAGCAUCAAGUCCAGGACGAGAUCCUCGCCACCUGUGGGGACGGCAAGAAGCGCGAGCUCAUGGCAGACAUCACUUUGGCGCAGAAGGUCCUGGAGAUGAUGCUCCGCGCCGCAAAGCACCGGGAAGAGCAGAAGGCGGCCGAGCAAGCCAUCGUGGAGGCGCAGAGCGUGUCGGAUCUGUGGCAGAGGCUGGUGAACACGGCCCUGGCGGUGAUCCGCGUCGCCUGCUCCGUGGAGACCUGGCAUCCGCUGUACCGCGGCGAGGUGAUGCGCUGCAUGGACUGGCUCUGGCGGUACCUGGACGAAAAGGGCCGAGAUGUCACACAGCUCUCGGCGGAUCUGCCGAGUGCAUGGCUGGAGGCCACUGCCCACCGAGUCUUCCCCAGGCAUCAUCCGAGCCUCUUCUGCUGCCUUGCCCUUGCGCUGGAGACCGGCGCCGCUUCCGCCCGUACCUUGGUCUCCGCCCUACGUGACGCCGCCUCAGACCUGCAGGGUGAGUGGGCGGCGAGGACGUCGGCGCCCAGCGAGGUCGCCGCCUUUGUGAGCCCCCAAGGCUGGGAGCGCUUCCUCGCCCUCGACCAGUUCCCCGAGCUGGCGCAGGUCACCAAGAGCCUGCUCGCCGAGCCUGGAAGGUGGCAAGAGGCGCUCAAGUCUUCCAAGGAGAGCUGCCGAUCUCGCUGGGGCUGA